AUGGCACGUCACAUAAUGGCCGUGUGUGUCGUGUGCUUGCUUUGCGCUGAUCACGUGCCCUGCAAGCAGCAUUUUUCGGAUGACGGUGGCCAAUCGAUGGAACGAGACCGGGAGUAUCAGCUUGCGUCCACAUUCGGGAGUGCAUCGGUGAAUCGGCAUAACGAGCGGGAACAUCGGAUAGUGAAACGGCAUCAACAUCAUCACCAUCAUGAUCACGAUGAAGAGCCCGAGAAAACGGGCGAUAGUACGACAGAGUUCGAUCGUUUGCUUAAGGAGAAGGUAGAGCAGUUUGUACUGAAAAUUUUUACCGAUUACGGUGAUCCGGAAACGAUGACCAUGGGUGUAAAAGGUUUCGAAAGCAUGAUGCGUCAAUUGGACAUGUACCGACUGGUAUCAGGAGGCGAAGCAGCUAGCGAGCUGGAUGUUGGAUCGGGAGUCAACCAGCCGCUGGAAGUAAACUCUUCUAAGUGUAUUAACAGUAGUGAAUUUCUACGACGUGUUACACCACCGAGGAUACGAUCACAAGAAUGGGAGGAGGCAAUGGCAGCUAGAAGUGAUACAAGUAGUAACGAAACGGAUGAGAAAGGCAGCAAUUCUACACCACCAAUCGUAUCGGAUGAAAGAAUACAAAACUUAAACUUAAGCUUUAGCAACAGUACCAGCAGUAGCAAUAAUACUAAUGCUAAUGGUGACGUUAGUAAUAAUAGUAAUAGCAGUAGUCUGAGCAGCGAUGAACGCAUGAUCGUACAUGUACACGUGCCCGAGGAUAAGAUCAAUAGCAGUAGUAGCAAAACCGACUCGACGGUCAGUCUCCCCCUAGCGGUACAAUCGACUGCCAUGUUCGGUGAACGUGACCUGUACAAUGUGUGUCCCCUGCUAUUGGCGCAUCUUCUUUCGAAAGAGCCACUCGAACGAGCGGGCUGCUACGAUGCGGACAGUGUACCGUCCUUACAAGUAAGCAGCUUGUUGGAACACAACGACCCUCACCAUAAUCAUCACCAUCACGGCGAGGGCGGUUCGUCGGAGGCGGCCGUCUGGAUCUACUCUUCCGUCGCGAUAUUGGGCGUGAGCUUAUGUGGGCUCCUCGGUGUAGCUGUGAUACCGUGCAUGGAUAAGCAUUUCUACCACCACGUGUUACAGUUCCUGGUAGCUCUGGCGGUCGGUACGUUGUGCGGAGAUGCGCUGUUGCAUUUGCUUCCCCACGCGAUGAUAUCUUCCGUGAGCAAUGCCAAUGCUCAUGAUUUGAUGAUGUACAAGGGCCUGGCUGCGGUGUUGGGAAUUGUGUUUUUCUACUUUAUGGAGCGCUUUCUCAAUGUGAUCGCAGAAUGGAACAAGACGCGCGCGAAAAAGGACAAACCACCCUCUCGCGUGCGAGUUAUGCGCGAUCCAGAAUCGACGUCGUUACAUGCGUCGAGUGCGGGUGAAAAGCAGUGCAAGCACAAGUACAGCUCCUACCCGUACUGCUAUGACGAGAUUGCGAUGGACACAAAGGACGAUCACCACGAGCACAAUACGGGCACGAAUGAAAAUCAUAACAGCGCGCUGGCAAAGUGCGCCAACCGCCACCAAAAUGGGGAGCUAGCCACGGACCAUAGUAUUGAGUAUUCGGGCAUGAACAACCACCAGUCGCAGCGGGAAGAUGCUACCGACAACAACACGGUGUCGACGAAUCUGGACGAUGGGUCCAUCGAAAGCGAACAGGUGAACAAUCACCACGGUGCCCGGCAGGGAAGCAAGUCUUCUGAGACGGCAGUUGGGAAGCUUCGUCCGGAGAAUUACACCAUCAUUCUACGCGAGCACGAAACUAAACACCAUGGACACUCGCACACUCACGGGCACGUGCAUUCCCCGCCGGGGUCGUUGUCGGCCGUGGCAUGGAUGGUGGUAAUGGGUGAUGGGUUACAUAACUUUACUGACGGCAUGACGAUCGGAGCGGCUUUUGCCAACAACAUUGCGGGUGGCUUUUCGACGGCGAUCGCCGUGUUCUGUCACGAAUUACCCCACGAGCUUGGUGACUUUGCUGUUCUGCUGAAGGCAGGCAUGUCGGCACGAGAGGCGGUCUACUACAAUUUGCUAUCUUCGCUGCUGAGCCUGCUCGGUAUGGUAGUCGGUAUCAUUGUCGGCCACCAGCCGGAUGCUUCGGCCUGGGUGUUUGCCGUCGCGGCUGGCAUGUUCCUGUACAUCGCGAUGGUGGAUAUGAUACCCGAACUCACAUCAUCCCACGGUGCAGAGAAACGCUGUAAAACUUCCGAAUUUUUGCUGCAGUUUCUAGGAUUAACAGUCGGAUUCAGCAUCAUGAUGAUAAUAGCCAUGUAUGAGCACGAUCUAAUGGAGCUAUUUGUAGAUUAA